GUGUGGAACAAGAUGGCAAGUGUAACAACCGAUGGAGCUUGAUCUUUGACUGGGAAAAACUUAGGUCUGGUGAAGUUGAUGAAUAAUAAAAUUAAAGUAGAACAUCCUGACCAUACACUCUUACAUCUCCACUGUGUCAUCCAUCAGGAAAGUCUGUGUUAAGAUGUGUUGACUAUCAAGCAUGUUAUUGACCCAGCUGUCAGUGUUAUAAACCUCAUCAGAGCCAGGGAAAUAGGAAACUGGAAACUGCUUUGGAAACUGAACAUUCUAAUAUUCUUUACAAGUGUCCGCUGGCUGAGCCUGGGCAAGAUAUUGAGACCAGUGUGGGAUCUCAAGGAAGAAAUAGUUAUGUUGCUCGAGAUGAAGCAUAUACAGUGGAACCUCUCAUAACGAGCACCUCUCAUAACGAGCAAAAAAAAAUGUGAAGAAAUAGCUCCCUUAACGAGCGAUAUUUCGAAUAACAAGUUACGCAGAAAGGGGAAGUCCUUUUUUCCUGACAUUCAUUUGUGAGCCGGGGCUUCCGCACCGAUGCAUUAGUCCAGCGGUUCUCAAUCUGUGGGUCAUGAUCCCUUUGGGGGUAGCGCGGCCCUUUCCCAGGGGUCGCCUUAGACUAUCUGAAAACAUAUAUUCUUACAGCUAUGAAGUAGCAACAAAAAUAAUUAGGUUGCUGGGGGGUCGCCAAGACACGAGAAACUGUAUUAAAGGGUCAUGGCACUAGGAAGGUUGAGAACCAUUGCAUUAGCCUGUGUUUAGCACUCAGUCUGUUAGCGUAUUGUUUUCGUGUGUGAUUACCAGUUUGUACAAAUUUUGUAUUCAGACAGUAUUCGUAAUUUUUUUAUGUGCAAAGUGUAAUAACCUAUGCUAAAAUGUCUUCGAAAAAAAAAACACAAGAAGACAAUCACAAAAGAGAAAAAAUAACUGUUGAAUUGAAACGUAAAAUCAUUGAAAAGUGAGAACAAGGUGUGAGCGUGGCUAUUCGUGCUACAAAUUUAUUCAAUGACAAUGCUGUGACACAUUUUCGUCAAAUUUUGAAGCGUCGGCAAAAACAAAUGGCUUUAGACAGUUUUCUAAAAAAGGAUUAAUUAUUUGUCAUAAAUUCAUUUUUUUUUUAAAGUUUUUUGUUUCAAAUCUAAAUUGCUUCCAAGUUGUUACACUCCUUAACAAUUCAUAAGUAAUUUUAUUUGAAUAAAUGUUAAUCAAAUUUUUGAAAAAUUAGUAUUUUUUUCAGCAUGGAACGCAUUAUCGUACUUUACAUUGAUUUGUAUGGGAAAAAUUGUUUUGUUUAACGAGUGUUUCGCUUAACGAGUAAGAGUCUGGAACGCAUUAAACUCGUUAUGAGAGGUUCCACUGUAUAUUGUGACUUUGAAAUUAAGAUUGUUAAUGGAGAGUGGAAGUCAGACUUCAUGUUUGCCAUCAACAUUAUGGAAACAAUGAAUGAACUGAAUGUCAAACUUCAGGGCAAUAGCUUGUUUGCACAUGAAAUUUAUGUGCAUGUUAAAUCAUUUCAGGCAAAUCUCUCCCUGUUCUCCAGGCAAGCAGGUGAAAACAGGUUUUGCCAUUUCCUUUUGCUGAAACAGAAAACAAUUUCUUUGGAAAUGAAUGGCUGAAAAGUACAAGGCUUAGUUGGAUGCCUUGGUUGUGGAAUUUCAAGCAGAUUAUGACCUGAAGGAGAUGUUCAAGUCAAUUCUUCUGCUGGAGUUUUAUGGAUCUUUGUCAGAAGCAGCAUUUUCACGCUUUAAAAACUUUGCUGUCAAACUUUUGUCACUAUUUGGUUCCACAUACAUCUGUGAGCAAGCUUUUUCUUGACUGAAAAUAAACAAGUCUAAGAUCAGGUUAAUGGUGACUGACUGCAAUUUGAAUGCAUUCAUGCGAAUCACAACCAGUAAACUGGUUCCACAGUUCAAGAACAUUAUCCAAAACUGUGAACAGUUACAUACUUGUCAU